GGGUAGAUCUCGGCGUCUCCCGUUGCCCUUCUGCUGAGCUUAUUUAGUUCAGCGACCACAGAAAUUGGUAGGGAGGGAGAUACGGUAAAUUGAUAGGACACGCAACCGCACACCCAAGGAAAGAGAUGGCCACCCGGACCCUUGUUCGCCUGCCGUCUCAUGUGUGAUUGAAUUUCCUUUAGGUCUAGUGCACGUACGUAAUGCUGUCCAGAGGCCAAGCAAUACUAUACGAGUACUGUACCGGAACUGUACCCUAUAUCUCGGAAGAAACCCCCCCCCUUCCCGUCUCGAAACCAACUCCUUCACCUCUCCUGCUCUCCGUACUCUCCCUCUCUCUGCACAUUAGGUCUUAUCAGGUCUUAUCUCACCCUCAUCACCCGAAAUACUACCCUCUGUUGCCCGAUAAUGAGUAGCUUGACAAACAUCUUCUCCUUCAAGGGGGUUCAAAUCAUCAAACCAUCUCAUCCAAACCAGGUCACUGGGACUCUCACCCUUUCCCGUGAGCGUCAGUUUGCACAACCCGCCGUUGGCGCCCCCGAGGAUGAGUUUUUACGCAUCAAGUUCGUCUCCUCUUCCGGAACGACAGAACUCGAUACCCGCCUUUACGGUGAGCAAAGAGCUGAGAGGCUCGACCCCUCUACAUUUACCGUCGAGCUUCGAGCGCCGGAGGAGGGUGCUCUGCUCGUCAUUUUCCCCCCGGCGGAUCGGAUUGUUCCUCGGGAAUAUCUAGAAUUCAAUGCCGAAGGAGUCGAUCUCCAGGUAACCUGGGCGCAGGUGGCUGACAGCUUCGCCGCCACGAUAAACCAAUGGAUUGCCUUUAGUGAUGGAGAAGCUGCCCUACCGGCCUACCAGCCUAGCUCUUAUGCAAACGAGAAAGGUGCGGGGUAUGGAGGUGGCAGCGCUGGUGAGGCUCAUGCCCCGUACGACCCAAGCACAUACCGGGACGAGAAAUCGCAGGGCAGGUUGGUCUUGAUUGACGAGGAGAAUGGGCACGAGGUUGGUGAGGUUGACGGUUCUCACAUUCAUGCCGUAGGGGUACAGCCCGGAAGUAAAGGUUUGUUUCCCAUUGCCGCUGCGAAGUGAAGGAAUUUACAACUAAUUCGCCGUUAGAACCUGUUGAGGUCUCGCUGCCGGAAGAUGGCUCGGGCCAGGUCACUGUAAGCUGCCCCCUACCGCUUCCUGCGCGAAAGUUUGCUUGGUCGGGGGCGAGGUUCCUGAAGGAAAUAUGUUCUAACCCCAACUUAGAUUCGUCCUGCAGAUUACUUGAAGGACGCCCUUGACCCUGCUUAUAAGAACUCGUCAAUCGUCGGAACUGCCGCAACCGCGUCCCGGCUAAUUGUCACUACGAGCUCAUAUAUCGCAAACGCUAUCCAAUCGGGGGCAGAUACUUUUACCAGAAAGACAAAGGCCAAUGAAACCCCCUUAACGUUCAGUCCUAGCACCCACAACCGUGUGCGUCAACUUCACACACUCUCCUCGAGCGCUGCCAAAUUGUCUUCACAGGCCGUUGGUCAAGUGUCCAAGCAUGCACAGAAUCUCGGCGCCCGAAUUGCCGGCCGCUCUGAGAAGGGGAGGCCAGCAAACCCAGGGUUGCUGAACAAGUCACUGGUAGCUUUCUCGACGAUCGCCGACGGUAUUGACUAUGCGUCAAAAUCUUUGUUAGCCUCGGGCUCCAUUGCAGCUACGACUAUGGUUGGGCAUAAAUAUGGCCAGGAGGCCAGAGAAGUUGCAUAUGGGCUUACCGGGUCGGUAAAGAAUGUUGGUCUGGUAUACGUAGAUGCGUCUGGCGUGUCUCGAAGAGCCAUCGUGAAAGGUGUUGCAAAGGGUAUGGUGGUCGGGAAAGUUCGUGGCGGUGGGAGUAUUGUUGUUCCGGGACAGAAUGAGGUUGUCGAUGGCAUUCCAAAAGGCUGGGGCGAUGGCCCCCUUGGCGGACCUCAUCCCGGACCUCCAUCGCGCAGUCAAUCUAUCCACACGCCUGGGGGCCGUUCAUCGCCAGUACCACCGCCAUAUCAAAGUGCUAAUGGCAACAUCCCUGGCCAGGGAGGUGGCAAUCUUUACUUUCCCCCACCACCAGGAAGCGGUGGCAUGUCUCCCCAGGUCACAGGCUCCAGUUAUCGAUCUUCUAGUCCUGGGGAUAACUCAACGAUGCGUUCCGUCAGUCCUAGACCCUUUGAUGAGAAAUCUGGUCCCAACAACAUGCACGGCGGGUACAGGUACUAGAUGUCGGACGCGUGGCUAGGACUGAAGUGAUUUUUUUUUCUACUACCCGAUCCUCCAUAGUGCUCUCAUUCUCUACCUCUUUGCCUUUUGAUGUGCUGGCUGUCAUAAACUACUUUUGGACUAUUCUGAUUUUCUUUUCUGGGGGAGGCUUGAAUCGGAUAUGGGCUAGGGCUGGUAUAGAUUCUUUUUUAACGAGUAAUGAUGAUUUUAUUGGUUUUGGGUGAUUAGGUUUUGGAAAACUAGUGAGGGGCCGCACAGUACUCGUCAAGAACAUUACGUAUCAACACCAUUACAAUAGCAAUAGAGCGAGAGGCUUUUGGGUAACCAUUUUCGGAUAUGCCUCGAGGGGCAAUGUGAAUAUGUAUCGCGAUUUGCUUCUUACCGACUUAUAGGAGGGGGGGGGGGCGGAUGCGUUUCCAUGGGCUGGCAGCAUUUGGAGGGUAUGGGAACUGUGCGGACGUGGUUGUACUGUACAGUACUAGUACCAGCGCUGUGAACACGAUGGGAUAAAUGGCCUGGACGAAGUGAAGGGUACUAUGCAUAUUUCUUUUUCUUAUUCAGGGCGGCGGCAACAGAAGCCGAAAUUAUCUUGUCCGGUAGGAAAGAUCUCAUUUGUGAUGGUCAAAAAUGCCCAUGGGGGUUACGUUCCUCUCUUAGGUGAAGUGUGGUACCGGUAGCACACUUUAGGGUUUUUUUGUCCAGUCAUAAAUUUAUAUAGCUCGGAGGCGAUUGCAGGUAGUAUCAUUCCUUGCCACACACUCGUAGCCUAGAACUCAGCAGACACUAAGUUCCUUCUUCUAUAAUACCAUGGGAGAGGUUUUUCUGCUAUUGUGGUCAUCCUUUAGAAUCAUGUAUGAACCCUUCCGACAGAUAGACACUGAAGAUUAAGUGCUCCGGUCCGUACCCGGGGGGGUCCGCUCUGCCUUGGUCCAUUGACUCGGAAUCACCUAGAAC